AGAAGCGCGUUAUUUUCUUCGCUCGCUUGGUGAGCGUUUAAACCCUUUUGCCUGGUAAAUGUAUUAGCCCUGGUGCUUCGGUUCUGGCGAGACAAAGGCGCCCCGCUGCAGGCCAGAGAGCGGAACUGUUGUGGAGGGGGCCGUGAAAGUGUGGAAGAGAGAGAAAGAGCGGAGCAGCAGCGAAUUCUGUGAAAAGCGCCCCUCUGGGGCUGCUCCCGAAAAGAGGCAGAGCAGUGGCUAGAUGGAGAGAGGAAAGCUCCGGGCGGCAGCGUCUGUUUGCCUGCAUCCGCUUCCCUGAACACUAACAAGCCUUUCGGGGGGGAAUCUGUUUUGCUCCCAGCAGAGCUACAUGGCAACCCCCGCGGUCUGAAAGAGAGGAUCUGAAAGAAUCUUGGAGAAGAGUAACUUGCUGCAAGAGGUCACAAUGAACUGGACACCAGUUGUGAGCUUAACUGUGUUAUGGGCAACAUGGCUAGUGUGUGGCUCACAUAAGCCAAUGAGGCAAGCUGAGAGAGGGAGUCUUGGAAUCAGAAAAGAACCUGUGGCUUACAGGAGCAAUUUCAGGAGAUCUAUUUCAACCCAGCCCAGGUUGGGCAAGAUGCCUCAGAGACGUGUAAAUCUUUCUGGGAGGUAUUGGCAACGUCCCCUUGUUAAAAGGGAUUCUUUGGAACCUAAAAACCUAGCAACGUCUUCCUCAAAAAAUAAAUCUCAGGUUCAGAUAAGGACUGGCAAGAUAAAAAUACGGCAGAUGAAAAGACCUAAGUUGGAAAUGAUUAAAGAUGAAGGAACAUCCACUGCAGUCCAAUCACGUGUUGUGCGUUUUCCAUUAGGGUCCAGUUCUCCCAAUAUCUUGGCUAGCUUUGCAGGCAAGAAUAGAGCCUGGAUCAUCUCUGUUCCUCAUGCCUCAGAUGGUUAUUACCGGCUCAUGAUGAGUCUGCUGAAGGACAAUGUCUAUUGUGAGCUAGCGGAAAGGCAUGUCCAGCAGAUUAUACUGUUCCAUGGGGAAGGUGAAGAAGGUAGUAAAGUUAGGAAGAUAUCCCCUGAAGGGAAAAUCCUAGAGCAGCCUCUAGAUCCAAGCCUCAUUCCCAAACUCAUGAGCUUUUUGAAACUAGAGAACGGGAAAUUUGGAAUGGUGUUGUUAAAGAAGACAUUACAAGUUGAGGAACGGUACCCUUACCCAGUAAGGUUGGAAGCUAUAUAUGAAGUUAUUGACCAGAGUCCCAUCAGGAAGAUUGAGAAGGCAAGGCAAAAAGGCUUCAUUCAGAAAUGUAAAGCAGCUGGAGGAGAGGGCCAGAUCAUCAAGGAAGGGAUCAAUGGGAGCAGCAGCACAAGAGCAGCUCCCAGUGGUGGUCGUGUGCAGUCAUUCCCGAGAAAGGAAGAAACAAGAAAAGGUAAAAUGCAACCAACCAGAGUGAAAACUGUGAAGAAAGUGGCAGUGGCCACAGUGCCAUCUCUUUCGCCCACUAUAUCUAGAGCCACUACCUUCCCUCCAACAACCACAACUCUCCAGCCAAUUGCCAGAAUAACGACAAUACCAAGCAGACCCACAACCACCAUCACAACUACUCCAACUACACAGAGAAUAUGGACCACAAAGUCACUCACCCAACUUCCUACAGAGCCCAAGACAAGUAUCGCUCCUGAGACAGAGACAUCUCUUUCCAUGUGGAAAGAAAACCGCAGAGGAAAGCAUCCAGGUCAAAGACAACCAACAGCUACUAAAAGACCCAGGAAAGCCAGUCAUUAUGACACUUACACAGAAAUCCCAAGGGCCACCUCAGAUCAAUACACCAAGACAAAUGCUGGCAGAUUCAAAGACAAUCGGACAGACAAGAAGGAGAGUCGGGACCCUGGCAUCACAGCUGGCCAGCAGAAGCCUCCUAAAAGCAAGCAGUCCAAACAGAAAGCCCAGGAUAAGAUACUGAGCAAUGAAUAUGAAGAUAAAUAUGACUUAGGGCAGCCUACCAUUCCUCAUUUGGAGGAAAGCAUCCCCAUAGGAAAUAUUCCACCCAAGAAAGCCAAAGAGUCAAAGAAACACAUCCCUUCAAAAAAAUCUGAAAAGAAGAAAGAAAGAUAUGACAAGAAAAUUGAGAGGCAGGCCAAGAAGGACAGAGCUGAAAGGAAAAGCAAGCAAGAGAAAGAGCGCAACAAGAAAAACAAGAAAGGGAGCAAAAUAGAGAAUGAAGGAAGCCUGAAACCUCAUGCUAAGUCUUUCACACAGAAAUCUGUGACAAACCUUCUGAACUUCUUUGAAGGCAAAAGACGACUUUUGCUGAUCACAACACCCAAAGCUGACAACAACAUGUAUGCGCAACAGAGGGAUGAAUAUUUGGAGAGCUUUUGCAAAAUGGCGACUAGAAAAAUUUCAGUUAUCACCAUCUUUGGCACAAUGAACAACAGUCAUAUGAAGAUCGAUCAUUUCCAGCUAGAUAAUGAGAAUCCAAUGAAGGUGAUAGAGGAUGAAGACCUGGUGGAUCAGAAUCUCAUCAAUGAGCUGAGAAGAGAAUAUGGAAUGACCUAUGAUGACUUCUUUAUGGUGUUAACAGAUUCUGAUAUGAAGGCCAAGCAAUACUAUGAAGUGCCUAUUGCCAUGAAGUCUGUGUUUGAUCUGAUAGAUACUUUCCAGUCGCGUAUCAAAGAAAUGGAAAAGCAGAAACGGGAAGGCAUUGUUUGCAAAGAAAAUAAGAAACAAUCUCUGGAAAACUUUUUGUCCAGAUUCCGUUGGAGAAGGAGACUGUUGGUAAUAUCCACUCCCAAUGAAGAAGACUGGGCCUAUUCGCAGCAGCUUGCAGCCCUGAAUGGGCAAGCAUGCAAUUUUGGUCUGCGGCAUAUAAUUAUCCUUAAGUUAUUAGGCCUGGGAGAGGAGAUUGGUGGAGUCCUAGAACUAUAUCCAAUCAAUGGCAUCUUUUCUGAUGUUCAGCAUUUUGGGAGCUCCAGUGUGGAUAGAGAAGAUGUCCCCAUUCAUUUGGUGAAAGACAUUCGCAAUUAUUUCCAGAUCAGUCCUGAAUAUUUUUCCAUGCUUUUGGUUGGCAAAGAUGGGAAUGUCAAAUCUUGGUAUCCUUCCCCAAUGUGGUCCAUGGUGAUUGUAUAUGAUUUAAUUGACUCUAUGCAACUUCGACGACAGGAGAUGGCCAUUCAGCAGUCACUUGGCAUGCGAUGCCCAGAAGAUGAAUAUGCUGAGUAUGGCUAUCAUGGUUAUCAUCAAGGUUAUCAGGAAGGUUACCAAGAUGAUUAUCAUCAUCAUGGAAGUUACCACCAUGGAUACCCCUACAGAAAGUAGCAAUUUAGCCUUCGACUGCUUGCAUUCUACUAGUCAUUCAAGUCACAAAAGGCCACAUGCGGAAAUUGCUUUAUGAUUGCGUGAACAUUUUCUAUUGCCUUAGUGUUCAGUCAAGGGAGUGAAUAAAAUUUGGCCUUCUCUGUAACACGCAUUUUCAUGAACUGAAAGUGGUGAAAUUAAUUUCACUGAUGCCUUAUGAAAUAAAGACUCCUUUAUAUUUUAGAGCUCUUCUAA